GAAAACAUAACACAUCCAUGGCGAGAGAUUUUUUAGGAAAUCAAAACGGGAUUCGUAUCGUCUUCAGAAAAUUCUGGUGGGUGUGAUCUCGCUGCCUUUUCAAUUUUUGGGGUUCAUGUCAUUGUUGAUCAAACACCAAUGAUUUAUACAAAGCGAAUAUGGAUUUCACAUUUCAUCACUCAAACGUCUCAAAGAAAAAGGGUAAAAGCAACGAGGAACUAGGGAUGCGGGCUUCUGUAAUGGCCAGAAGACCGGCAACUUGGACAUUUUCCGGCAUUGUUGUCGCCGUGCUAUUGCAGGGAGUGGUUGUUCUGUGUAAGGCUCCGGCGACUCUUAAACUGGAAAGAGCUUUUCCGCACAAUCAACGGAUGGAAUUGAGCAAACUUAGAGAUAGAGAUAAUCUAAGGCACAGUAGAUUCUUGAAGCAGCAAUUAUCGUCUUCUACAAAAGAUGUUAUUGACUUCCCACUUCAGGGCACUUUUGAUCCUUAUCGUGUUGGGCUUUAUUAUACAAAAGUGCAAUUGGGUUCACCUCCAAAGGAAUACUAUGUACAAGUGGACACAGGAAGUGAUGUGUUGUGGGUCAGUUGUAAAGACUGUAAAGGUUGCCCUACAUCUAGUGGACUCAAAGUUCCAAUUGAGUUUUAUGAUCAUGAAAGCUCGAAAACAUCUUCUUUGGUCAAAUGUUCAGAUGAUAUGUGUCUUGUAGGAAUGAAAUUUGGUGAUGCAGAUUGUUCACAUACAAGCACUCGUUGUAUUUACAAAUUUAAAUAUGGAGAUGGAAGUGCAACAUCGGGUUAUUAUGCGUCUGAUUUAAUUCAUUUAGAAAUGAUAUCAGAUGAGUCAAACCCUUCAUCAAAUGCUUCAUCCAAAGUGAUAUUCGGUUGUAGCACAUCUCAAUCUGGGGAGUUAUCCGAACCCGAGAGAGCGGUCAACGGGAUCUUUGGUUUUGGUCAACAGGGUUUAUCCGUAAUUUCACAACUUGCUUCAAAAGGGGCAGCUCCAGAUGCAUUCUCUCAUUGUCUUGAUGGUGGUGGUGAUGGUGGUGGCAUUCUAGUUCUUGGUCAAAUUAUGAAUCCAAAAAUGGUCUAUUCACCACUCAUUCCAUCACAGCCACAUUAUAAUCUACAUAUGACUAGUAUUUCAGUCAAUGACAAAACAUUGCCAAUUGAUCCAUCAGCUUUUGAAAUAUCAAAACACCGAAAAGGAACAAUAAUUGAUUCUGGAACAACACUUGGAUACCUAACAGAAGAGGCUUAUAAUCCUUUUGUGGAUGCUAUUACAAAGUUUGUUCCUCAAUCUGUAAAAGCUUUUGAUGCAAAGGGAUACCAGUGUUAUCUAACUAACGAUAGUGUCUCUGAGAUCUUUCCAACUGUGAGCUUCAAUUUUGAGGGUGAUGCUUCGAUGAAUUUAAAACCAGAUAAUUACCUUUUGGAACAAAACACUGUGGAUGGUGGAUUGGCAUGGUGUAUAGGGUUUCAGAAGGUUAAGGGUCAAGGACUUACGAUUUUAGGAGACAUUGUUUUGAAAGACAAGGCUAUCGUAUAUGACUUGGGUGCUCAACGAAUUGGAUGGGUAGACCACGAUUGUAGAACACCUGUUAACGUGUCUGCUACAUCAAGUGGUCGCAGAAGAAUCUCAAGUAGCAGCAGUUCACUGCAGCAUAAACCUUAUCAACUGACCCUCAUCAUGAUUCUUGCUUACAUGCUACAUUUAUUGAGAAGAGAAAUCUCCAUCCAUUCCUACUUAGAAGACUCGUAAAAAAGAUGGUGAUAACAUAAGUCUUGCAUUCAAUUGAAAAUUGUGUUGUACAUGUUUGAGGAAGUCAUAAAGUUGUGAUCAAAAGUGUUGCUGAAUCUGCAAAUUAUUGCAAAAACUUUGCAACAAAGAACG